CGUGGGAGGCUCCGCUCGGUCCCUGGGCAUGGCCGAGUACCUUCAGACAGAGAUCGCUGGUGGCUCAGGUGCCAGGCGGCUCCGGGAAUUCUGGCCACGCGCCUUCGCCGAGGCGAGAAGGCGGCCGAGGCCGGCAACAGGCUGAACGCCCUGGGCUGGGUACUCCUGAUUGAGUCUGUCCCCGAGCAUCGCGUGGUAGAUAUCAGUGGGCCAAUCUUCCCCACGCCCCCGGGGGUGUCACCAGAUGAAAAGGACACACAAAGAUCGAGGAGAAACUGAUACAAGGGGAUAGUCCCCACCAUCAUUACAUAACCUGGUUUAACAAAAAUUGAAUUUUUAAGGACAAUGGUAUAAAGCCUGUAAGUCCAUGGGAAACAAAGUAUGACCUUAAACUGUCAACUUGCAACUAUUUUUGAACAGUGCCAGAACUCAAGAAACAGGAUUAUCUUCCUAUCCACAAAGAUGAAAAUGACUGGAUAUUUUCAAAAGACAACGAAGUGAGCAAUGCACACUAAUGAAUAGAAUCAAUAAGAACGUGAUUUUGGCCCUUUUAACAUUGGCAAGUUCUGCGUUUCUGCUUUUUCAGCUGUACUACUACAAGCACUAUUUAUCAGCAAAGAAUGGAGCUGCUUUAUCAAAAUCCAAAGGAAGCAGAAUUGGAUUUGAUAGCUCACAAUGGCGUGCCGUUAAAAAAUUUAUUAUGCUAACAUCCAGCCAAAAUGUACCAGUUUUUCUUAUUGACCCUUUGAUUUUGGAAUUGAUUAAUAAAAACUUUGAACACAUCAAAAAUACUUCUCAUGGCUCCACCUCAGAAUGCAAGUUUUUCUGUGUUCCAAGAGACUUCACUGCAUUUGCGCUACAGUAUCACCUAUGGAAGAAUGAGGAAGGCUGGUUUCAGAUAGCUGAGAAUAUGGGAUUUCAGUGUCUAAAGAUUGAGAGCAAAGAUCCUAGACUUGAUGGGAUAGACUCACUUUCUGGAACUGAAAUCCCCCUGCACUAUAUCUGCAAAUUGGCCACUCAUGCCAUCCAUUUGGUGGUCUUUCAUGAGAGAAGUGGUAACUACCUCUGGCAUGGCCACCUACGACUCAAAGGACACAUUGACAGGAAAUUUGUUCCUUUUCGAAGGUUACAGUUUGGUCGUUAUCCUGGAGCUUUUGACAGACCAGAAUUACAGCAGGUUACUGUUGAUGGACUAGAAGUUCUCAUUCCAAAAGAUCCAGUACACUUUUUAGAAGAAAUACCACACUCUAGGUUCAUUGAGUGUCGGUAUAAAGAAGCUCGAGCAUUCUUUCAGCAGUACCUUGAUGAGAACACUGUGGAAGCUAUGGCCUUUAGGAAGAAUGCAAAAGAAUUAUUGCAGCUAGCAGCCAAAACACUAAACAACUUGGGAGUACGAUUCUGGCUGAGCAGUGGAACUUGUCUAGGAUGGUAUCGGCAGUGCAACGUUAUUCCUUAUAGUAAAGACGUUGACCUAGGAAUUUUUAUAGAAGAUUACAAAUCUGACAUUAUUUUAGCAUUUCAGGAUGCAGGGCUUCAACUCAAACACAAGUUUGGGAAGGUAGAAGACAGCUUGGAACUAUCCUUCCAGGGAAAAGAGGAUGUAAAACUUGACAUUUUUUUCUUCUAUGAAGAGACUGACCAUAUGUGGAAUGGAGGCACCCAGGCCAAAACGGGGAAAAAAUUUAAGUACCUGUUUCCCAAGUUUACAUUGUGCUGGACUGAGUUUGCAGAUAUGAAGGUCCGUGUGCCCUGUGAAACCAUUGAAUACAUUGAAGCCAACUAUGGUAAGACUUGGAAGAUUCCUGUAAAGACGUGGGAUUGGAAGCAGUCUCCUCCCAAUGUUCAGCCCAAUGGAGUCUGGCCUAUUUCUGAGUGGGAUGAGGUCAUCCAGUUAUACUGAGAAUUUCCAUCCUGAAAUACAGGUGGAUAACUGUUUUAAAAAAUACGUGUCUUUUGGUCAAACAUAAGUUGGAGCCAAAGAAAAAAUGACAAGUUUGAAGACGCACUCCUGAGCCAACUGAUUUAGUUCUUGUGUUCAGCAUUUGAAAAGGAGUUUCCAUGUGCCUCUUUAGAUGGUAGGUUACAGUGGAGAAGCCAAGAUGAGUGAGACAAAUGCCUGCCUCUUUUUCCCUUCCCUGUGGUAAGCACUACAAUUUUCCUUUGAGGGAAACAUCCCUGCCCUUUGAAGAGCUCAGGUAAAACAUGAUAUGUCCUACCAGGGUUUGAAGAUGUCAAGUCAUGUUUGCACUGGAAGAGGAGCUUACCAGGCAACUCCAAGGAAGGCUAAAUGUUAAGAAGAGUAAUUCGUUCCUGUUUAGGGCAUGUGAUUUUGUAUGUUAGUGCUACUUUGAAGAUUUUAGAGUAUGUGUUAAUACUCAAAUGAUCAGACCUUUGGCAGCAUUAAGAAAAGAUGGUAUGGGGCUGACAUCUGUGGUGUAGUAGGGGAAAGCCGCCACCUGUGACAUUGGCAUCUCAUAUAGGCACCAGUUUGAGUCCCAGCUGCUCCACUUCUAAUCCAGCUCCCUACUUAUGCACCUGAGAAAGAAGAGGAAGAUUGACUAAGUGCAUUAGGCCCCUAUACCCAUAUGGGAGACCCAGAAGAAGCUCCUGGCUCCUGGCUUCAGCCAGACCCAGCCGCAGCUGUUGCGACCAUUUGGGGAGUGAACAGUCAGAAGAUCUCUCUAUCCCUCUCCCCCCCACCCCCACCUCGUAAUUCUUGCUUUCAAAUAAAUAAAAUAAAUCCUUAAAAAAGAAAGAAAAGAUGGUAGCCGAUUGAUUAUACAAGCAAUUUUGAAGUGGGAAUUGAUUUAGAACACAGAGCAUUAUUCUACAAGGUAGGUAGGCCUUGUCAAGAUAAGUAAAUUUCCAUAUACUUACUACUUUAAUAUUUGAAAUGAGAACAAAGUUUAUGCUUGUGUGAUGCAUAAGUUUCCAGUCAUGUGAGAAAAUAUUUUCCCUGAGUUCUGAUAGCACUUACUAGCAAAUCAUUCAAAUGGGACCAUGUUAUUAGAAAUGAGUUUGAAAGAGAGAUGAUUUCACAAAUCUUUAAUUCAUCCUCAAAUUUUGUUCUCAACUAUCCUAAAUUUUAUAAUCCAUGUACUUAUAAUUUUGAUGUUAACACUAAGAUGGUAUUACAAACACCUCUAAUAUUUCUAAGUGUCCUCUUUAUAGUAUUUGUUUACCAAUUACACCUCACUGUCAUUAAUUUAUGGCCUGUAUUCCUACUUGAAUGGUAUGUAAAUGUAUCUGUUCCUUCUUUUCUUCCAGUACUUCAGAAGGUAAAUGGUAAACUUGACAAUUAUUCCCCACUCUAAAUUAUUAUAAUAUUUAAUAAGUUUGUAUCCAUCUCUGGUUGUUCAGUCUGCUGAAUAUUGUUGGGGCAAGAACUCAAAUUUGCCUACUUUAUCAAAUACUACCAUGGUGGAACCCUGCAGUUUUCAUGCUCCCCUCGAAAUACAUUUCUGAGUGGUCUGAGGUGGCCCUUUUCCCAUUUCUUCACUACUCACUUGAAUGAUAUAUUCACUUAGCAGGAGGGAAAGGGAAAUGCAGACAUAGUAAGCACUGCUUUGUCUGGGAAAGGAAUUUGAGUCUUAUGUCUUAUCUGUGCUGUUUAGGACUACAUUCCUCUAAAACCAGAGAAUAAAACGAGUCUCAGAAACAGAAACUAGAAUGUCUUAGGGAAUAGGCUGACAGAGUUUCCUGAAAACAAAGUUAGGGAAAGUAACUUACAACCACUCCUCCCUCCUAAUUUUAAAAACAACAUGGAAACUCUCUGAUAAAUAAUAACCAGCAGCAUUCCUCUCUUAGGGUCUGUUCUCUUUGCAGAAUCAUAGCAUCGUUUCGUAAGUACACAUGGAAGUUUUUCAGAGACCUUGAUAGCUUAUCCUCAGGCUUGUCCCUGAAUGACAGGUCAUCAGAAUGAGCUUUUUCUUCCUAGAAAAUCAAGCCAUAGAGUAUAUACCCACAUUCUAGGGAUGACCCUAAUACAAAAAAACUACUCUUUCUUAUAUUCGAAAACAAUAAAAUAGAUAAUUUACUGGGCAAAGUCUACCCUACUUAGUAAAAACUAUUGUUUCUGCCCAUUUCAAAUUGCUAGUUCUACUGUUUUCCAGGAGAUCUUAUUCACCCCUGUUCUGGUUAUUUCUCUUCAGUCUGUCCCUACGUAUGAGGUCUUUGAGUAUCCAAAAUUCAAGAUAUCUUGGCCCCUUGGGCAGAGGUUCCAUAUCUUUCCCUACAGAUACCACUGGCUGCUGAAAUACUUUCUUGGCCUCCUUCUGGUCUCACAGGCUUUAGCUCUUGGGUUUCACCCUAAUUUGGGGGAUUGAAAGCCUUUCCCCAGAUUCUGAAGGCCCAGGUUGGCUCUAGCAAUGAUUGAGCCAUUCUCAGCCACACUGCUUCAUGUGCUUCUUAGCUGCUGCAAUGUGCAGAGUAUUCAGGAACUUUGGGUUAGGUUUGUCCACUGUAAUGCAUCCUCUGAUCACUCUUCUUUCUCCAUGCAUGCUUUUACAUUCAUUCUCCUAAUAUGACCACUUUUGAGUCUAGUUUGGCCUACCUGGGGAAGACCUCUUGUUGGUAGUUAGGCACCACAGAUGUCUGCAGAGAGAGCCUAAAAAGCAAGAUCUUUCUUAACUGACAGCCAUGCAGCCAAUAAAUCCUGUUUGCAGAGAGUGUUUGACCUUCUUUCCUCUGCUCCAGCUACUGACAUUUGGUGCCUGGAGUAAAACCAUAGUCCCCCAAAUUGAGCAUUCCUGAGAAUACCUGGGCACUGGGAUUGCCGGUUUCCUUGAUAACACCCUAACUACAAACCCUGAUGUGUGACCACUACAUGGAUGAAUGUCUCCCAGCAUCCCCCUAAACAAGUUAGCACUUCUGAAAAUCAUCCGGCUCUUGAAUCUUAAAAGCCAGAAAGGGUCUCAGUGCAACAUUUAUUUUAAACUUAUUUUAUAACAUGUCAGUCUAAAAAAGGAGUGAUCUGAGCAAAAAAAUACCUCUAAGACUAAAACCCAAGAAUGCUAUGACUUCAAAUCCAGUGUCUGUUUCCUUGUACCCCAGCACAGCAUUUUUAGCCAUGAUGAGACACUUGACAGAGAAGUCAUCCAGUGGCACAGGGAAACUAGAUUUCAGGGGGUUUCUACCUUUCCCCUUUUAAUUUCUUUUAUUCGAGUUAAGAACCUAAGAUGAAAAAAAACCUAAAGAAAAAUGUUUCCAUCUUGUCCAAAAAUUGUAGGCUACUUUCCUAUCUUUAUCUCUAUAAAAUAAAACAGUUUCCAUUGGGAGACAUCAGCCUCUGAUACCUGUUUAUUCUAAGCUCCAGUUGUCUCCUCUUGCUACUUUCCCCCUUGUUUUUCCCCAGGGAACCAUCAGCAUAGAGUUGCUAAACGCCUGUUUCUGAAGAGCCCCUCACCUUCUAAAAGCUAGCUUUCGUGAGGCUUCUAAAGCCUGUUCCUUCCUGGGGAUCUUUAUCUCAUAAUGGUGGUUCUGUUUCUUCACAGAGAAGAAUAGUUGGGUAAACUAGAGGGCUUUGCAGUUUCUUGGACUUCUAAAAAACCUGCUUGGCUAGAAAGGCGAUUGGAGUGUCUAGUUUGAAGUAUUUAGACUGCUUUUAGUUGUAUUUAUAUUGGUAUCUUUCAUGAAUACAAGUAGAUUACUAGAUUAUGGUUUUUACUUUUGAAAUUUGUGGGCCCCACCCAUCGUUUCUACUCUUAACCAGCUACAGUGCUUCAAAUGACACCCAGCAUAAGCAGGACAUUACACAAACAGGGAUUAUAGCGUAGGUUCCAGAGCUAAAUCUGGAAGACAGACUUGCAAUGAACUCUUACGCUCCAGCCUAAAAUCUCACCACAUAUCUAAAGCCUAAGGCUGCAGAUUUUUCUGAGUCUCCUCCAGUUACUCCUUCCAGAAAGUGAACAGUUCUUUCCACCAAGGUAUUACAAAUCCCUAGGGAAAAAUCUCCUCUCAAGACCUUCUCAGAGACAAUGCCACGUUCCCACCUUUUACAUAUAAUCAGCAGCUAUAACAGCUUCAAGGCGUGGAAAAAUUUCACUUACUAACCAAAGAAUUUCUCUGAAGAAAUAUCCCACAACUUCUCUUUCCUCCUGGGCUUCCUCUGUCAUUGAACAUGAGCUAGGUCAUCCCCAUUAUCUCCUAAGGAAGGCAGCAUGUUGGCAUAAAGAGACCACAAGCUUCUGAAUGGGGUCCAGGUUUGAAUCCCAGUGUCGUCAUGUGUGGUUCAUGGUGCAGAGAUCCCUCAGCCUCAAUUUCCACUUGAGUGAAUGGAGAAAUUCACUCAAUAAGGAUUUUUAGGAGGUUUAAAUGAGAUGUAAAAUUUUUAGCCUCAGGCCUAUGAUUAAGUAUUUACUCAAAAAACAAAGUACCACUUCCUACUUCCAUGUGUUUAUUUCUAAAUAUAUUUGUUUAUUUGAAAGGCAGAAUGAUAGGGAGAGAUAGAAAACAAUCUUCCAUCUACUGAUUCACUCUCUAAAUGGCUGCAGCAGCCAGAACUGGGCCAGGAUGAAGUCAGGAGCCAGGAACUCCAUCCAGGUGUCCCAUGUGGGUGAAAGAGUCCAAAAUACUUGGACUGUCCUCUUCUGUCCUUCCAGACUCACCAGUGGAAAGUGAGAUCAGAAGCAGAGCAGCUGAUACUAAAACCAGUACUCCAUAUGGGAGGCUGGUGUCACACGUGGCAGCUUAGCCCCCUGCACCCCCCCCCACCCCCCUACCCCCCACCCCCCCAGCUCCUCCAUGUUUCUUUUCAAAUUGACUUCAGAUGGAACUUAUAGAAGCUUUGAGUCAGGACACUGCAUUACUCAGAAGUCUUCAUAGCUGAAUUUGCUAAAGAAAAAGAAAUCAUUCUCUCAAAACAUUGAAGUUAAAAUAGUGUGGUGUAUGAAUUCAGGGACAUUAUCAGUUUGCCUCCUUUUUUUUUUUUUUAAGGUUUAUUUUGUUUAUGUGAAAGGCAGAGUUACAAAGAGAGACAGGGAGAGAUAAAGAUGUCUUCCAUUUGCUGGUUCACUUCCUAAAUGGCCUCAACCAUUGGGACUGGGCCAACCUGGAGCCAGGAGCCAGGAGCAUCUUCUGGGUCUCGCAUGUGGAUGCAGGGUCCCAAGCACUUGGGUCAUCUUCCAUUGCUUUCCCAGGCCAUUAGCAGGGAGCUGGAUCAGAAAUGGAGCAGCCAAGACUCGAACUGGUGCCCAUAUGAGAUGCAGAGUUGCAGGUGGCAGCUUUACCUGCUAAACUACAAUGCUGGCCCCAACCUCCUAUUCUUAAUAGAACUUGUGUUUUCAUUUUAUUGGUCAGGUUUGUUUCUUAGGUUCUCCUUGUAUUAGCCCAUGUGCUGCCUGAUACUUUGGUUUCAAGCAAUUCAUUUCUGUACUUACCUAGAUUUGGUGGCUUAGACUUUUUUUUUUUUUUUGAUUUGUUUAUUUAUUUGAAAGUCAGAGUUACACAGAGAGAGAAGGAGAAACAGAGAGAGGGGUCUUCCAUCCACUGAUUUACUCCCCAGUUGGCCGCAACGGCCGGAGCUGUGCCAAUCUGAAGCCAGGAGACAAGAGUUUCUUCCUGGUCUCCCACACAGGUGCAGGGGCCAAGGACUUGGGCCAUCUUCUGCUUUCCCAGGCCAUAGCAGAGAGCUGGAUCGAAAGUGGAGCAGCCGGCACUUGAAUCGGCACCCAUUUGGGAAUGCCAGCAUUGCAGGUGGUGGCUUUACCCUCUAUGCCUCUGCACCAGCCCUGACUUCUUCAAUAUUCUAGCUUUUCCUAGAGGUAAACUUUGACCUACUUACUAGCAAAAUUAGAAUAUUAAGUCAUAAUUUGUAGAGGGAGGUAAUUUGGAAUACUUAAUUUCAUUUAAUUGUUUAUGCUGAUAAAUUCUUGUAUCAGUGUUAAGAAAAAUGCAAAUUACUCAUUGCUGGGGUAGACAUUUAUCAUGGAGGUUGUGAUACCACUUGGGAUGCCCACAUCCAUAUCAGCAUGCCUGGGUUUGAGGCUGCACUCCUGAUUCCAGUUUUCUGCUAAUGCAUACCCUGGGGGAAAGCAGGUGAUGGCUUAGGUAGGUAGGUCUCUGCCACCCAUGUGGGAGACCUAGUUUGAGUUUCAGUGUGGUCCAUGCUAUCUAUUGCAGACAUUUGGGAAGUGAACCAGCAAAUGGGAGGUAGCAUAUUUUUCUCUCUCUUUCUCUCUCUUCUCUCUCUCUUUCUCUCUUUGUAUGUGUCUCCCAUCACCUUUCAAAUAAAUAAAAAUAAAAUAUAAGUUUAAAAAGAAAAUACUCAUUUCUACCUUCAUCCCAUAAAUUUUGUUUCUAACUAUGCAAGAAAUCAGGAGAGCAUUUGAUGUUAUCAUUCUAUUCUUGCUCCACAUCAGACUGAAAUCCUAAUUAUAAUUUGUAAGUCAGAUAGAUCAAUUCAACAGUGAUACCUUUUGUACAGGACUAGUGCUUAACGUAGGCAAAUAGACAUUUUCUGAUGAGAAAUCUGCCUUAUCAAAGCAUCUAGCCUAGAAUGUCCACCCUUGUCACUGCUAACCCAACUUAAAACAGAUGGAUCUGUUAGACAACCAACAUGCUAUAAACUUAUGAACACCUCUCACAGGAGAGUUGAAAGGGAGCGUGAGAAUUAGAAAUACUUUAUUUUGUUGUAUAAAAUGAGACACUGGCUCAUAUACUUUUAAAAAUUUUUUUAUUUUUAAUUUGAGUGUAUCUCAUAAAUGUAUCACCAUAUCACUUUUUUUUUAAAUUAGAAGAUUUUACACCCUUUUGUUGAAGCAUGGGAAAUAAUUCAUGUGUUUGCUUGAUGAAAUCAUAUUUAGCUAUUUGUGUGUUGUUCCUUCAGCUUCAUAGUUACAGAAAUAUGUGUAUGAAUUUUCUAAACAAAAUGAUAUUUUAAACAUGAAUAGAUUUCAGUGUAUGCUUACCAGUUUACUAUUUGAUUUUAUCUUCAGGUACAGUUUAUGGUACUACUGACAAUACCUUUAAUAUUAUUAUUUUGAUCAGAAUUUCUAAUAUAUAAUCCAGUUUGGGAGGAUGAAUAAAAUUUUUCUAAUCUCUUGAUAUACUUUGUGUUUAUUUUUAAAACUUGGAGUUCAAAUAACAGCCACUAAUAGUAACGUGCACAUACAGUCGGGUAAAAUAGUAAUUUUGCUAGCAGUACAAUACUUCUGAAUUCAAAUAUUGGAAUCCUAGAAGUCUGUAUGCAUAUGGAAAUCUAAAAAUUCUCAGUGAUAAAGCCUGCCAACCAAAGACCAACAGGAAAAAUUUGCAGUUAAAGUUAGAUAAAUUAGAUUAUUGUAGCAAGACUAAACAUUGUACCACAAGGAACUGUAAUGUAUUUCAGGAAGAACUAGGAAGGUCUUUAUAGAUUUUGAGCUAUUACCAGAAUUGUGAAGAGUAACUGUGGUAGAGGUGAAAUAUCAUAGGAUACGGAGUAAAAAGGCUGUGAUUUGUCAAAACCCAAUAUAUCUAAAAAAGAAAAGAAAUAUCAUAGCAUGACCAGUGUGAUUUAUUUCAGAUAUACAUGGUAGUUCAGCCUGAAAAAUCUAUCAGUGUGGUGUGUCAUAUCAACAACCUAGAGAAAGAAAGUGUAUGAGCACAUCAAUAGACACUGAAAACGAAUGGAAAUAUAUACCAUGUUCCUGGGUUGGAAAACAACAGUCAAGAUGUUAGUUCUAACCAAAUUGAUCUAUAUUUAAUCCAGUUCCUGUCAAAAAUCUUAGCAAGGUUUUUAGUAGGCAUAAACAAACUUAUUCUGAAAUUUGUGUGGUAAAUCUAAUCUAGAUGGCUCAAGCAAUCUUGACAAACAUAACAAAAUGAGCAGAAAGAUUUGCAAUCAAAAGACCUGUAUUUGUCAUUACAUUUACACUUGUAAGUAGUUGUUUUUAUUCCUUGUUUUUCAGGUGAGGGAGCUGUAAUGUAGAAAUAAGACAGAUCUUAAGCCUUUUUCUUAUGACUUGAAAUCCAGUGACUACUGUCUGUUAAUUCUAGUUAACUUUACUUAUCUGCAAAUACAUAUAUAUAUUUAAACUAUAACUUGAAACCAAGCUCUUACAUGGAAAGUGAGAAGGAUCACUCUGCCCAGUACCAAGGCUUACUAUAGAGCUGUGGGUAAUUGUUAGGGGAUGAAUUAUGCUCCCCUGCACCCUUCUAAACUCAUAUAUUUUAGAUUCUGACUCCUCAGAAUAUGAUUGUGGAGAUAGGGCCUUUAAUCAUCUAAUUAAGGCAAAAUGAAGUCAUAUAUGGGUGGGCCCCAUCCAUUGGUGACUGUUAUUCUUAGAGAAUAGGACCAGGAAAGGCACAGAGGAGGACCACAUGAUGAGACAGUGAGAAGAGGGCCCUCAGAAGAAAUCAACCCUGGCAACGUCUUGGUCCUGAAUUCUGUGGAAACCACAAGAAAAGAGUUUCUAUUGUUUAAACCACCCAGUCUAUGGUACUUUUUUUAUAGCAGCCCUAACAAUCAAGUGCAGCAGCGAUAGACACAUGUGGGUGAUCCUGUGCCUGGCUGGAAGACUGCCUGCCUAGCCUAUGCAGGAGGUCAAGAGGGCAUAGCACACCAUGCUCCCUGGUAAAAACCCUGGUUGAGGACUCAGCACACUGAGACCUACAUAUGACCUGACUGCUGGCAGGCGGCAGGGGCCCCAGGCACAUUUCCCCCACCCCUGCUUCCUGUUGAGGAGCUUUGUGAUUGUCAGCUAGAUAAAUAGUUCCCAGAUGUGGCCCAGAGCCGCAAGACCACCUGGAAGGCUACAUGGGCUGUGGGAUCUUCAAGCUGAUUGGAGAAGCAUAGCAGCUCCAGUAUUGGCUUUAUCCUACAGAAUUAGUGUUGCUACCCUGAGCUAGCUACUCCCCUUAGCCUGCCCUAUAAAAGCUUUUGCCUAAAUGCUAAUAAAUGGAAACGUUCAUUGAAACUGUCUCCAGUGCUUCUUGUCAAAACGCUGUUGCCCCAGCAUCCCGACAGUGUGGGCCUUGCAGGCUGAGCCCACAGACACAUAGAUCAGUGAAGCAAGAUAGAUAAUUCAGAGGUUGACCUACAUGAAUGUGUCAACUGAUUUUUGACAAAAGUGUAAAAGUAAUCCAGUGGAGAAAGGAUAGCCUUUUCAACAAAUGUUGCUAAAGUAAUUGGACAUCUAUAGGCAAAAAAAAAAAAAAAAAAAAACUCAACUUGAACCUGAGCCUUCUUAUAUUAAAAAUGAACCUGAAGGGGCCAAUGCUGUGGUACAGUGGGUUAAAGCCCCAGUCUGCAGAGCUGGCAUCCCAUGUGGGCAGCCGGUUUGAGUCCCAGCUGCUCCACUUCCAAUCCAGCUCCUGCUAAUGCAGGUAAAGCAGUGGUGGAUGGCCCAAAUCCUUGGGACCCUGCACCCACAUUGGAGACCCAGAAGAAGCUCCUGGCUCCUGACUUCAGCCUGGCCCAGCCCCAGUUGUUGCAUCCAUUUGGGGAGUGAACUAGUGGAUGGAAAACCUCUCUAUCUCUACCUCUCUCUGUAACUCUACCUUUCAAAAAAAUAAGUCACUUAAAAAAAUGAACUUAAAAUGAAUCACGUUAAGCUGGGUGAUACUAAUGCCAUCUUACUAGUUAAAGUGAUCAUUUUAAGUGUGUAACUGAUCAUAUAGAUAGGAAUAAGUGUCAAAGUGAUCACAUAAAUAAGACCAAGUGUUGGCUAAUAACAAUAGCUAGAAUUAAAGAGAAUGAUCCAACAUGGGAAGCAGGCCACACAGGAGACUCAUAGAAUGACAGAUGCCCUAGACAGCACUCUGAUCUCAGAAUCAACCUUAAGGCAUUCAGAUCUGGCUAAAAAGCCCAUGAGAGCAUUUCAGGUGUGGAAAGCCAAGACACAGUGGCAAAAAAUUACCUACAUGAAGGAUCUCUGUGAUGGAGAUCCUUUUCUCUGAAGGGAGGAGAGAACUUCCACUUUGCUUAUGGCCCAGUCCAAGUAAGUUCGGAGUUUGUGAACUCAAGAGAUUUCCAUAGCCUUGGCAGCUCAUGACAAGAGCCUCGGGUGAUCACUGAUGUCAUGAAUAAGAGUGUCAAUUGUUAAAUCAACAACAGGAGUCACUGUGCACUUAUUCCCUAUGUAGGAUCUCUGUCCUUAAUGAGUUGUACUUGAGAAUUAAUGGUAAAACUAGUCUUUAAACAGUACUUUAUACCUUGUGUGUCUGUGUGGGUGCAAACUGUUGAAAUCUUUACUUAGUAUAGAGUUGGUCUUUUGUAUAUAAAGAUAAUUAAAAAUGAAUCUUAAUGAAGAAUGGGAUGGGAGAGGGAGUAGGAGGUGGGAUGGGAGUGGGGGUGGGAGGAUGGGUAUGGGGGAAAGAACCACUAUAUUCCUAAAGCUGUACCUAUGAAAUUUGUAUUUAUUAAAUAAAAGCUUUCUAAAAAUAAAAAUAAAUGUAAUUUGAAUUGGAAGCAAAAACAAAUGAAUCAUAUGCUUAAAACACAAAACUAUAAAAGCUUUAGGAGAAAAAAAGAAAAAUCAUGAUAUAGUGUGGGGAGCAACUCGGACUAGACUAAGUUACUGGAAUUAAGACUUAUUCUAUGCAUCUGCUCUCCCACAAUAUGGCGCUGAGAAGGGAGAAACAGCUUCUACACAGCUGCCUCCAGUUCAACCAAUAAACUGUAGGACCUGCUCCUGAUUGGAGGAGAGCAGCAUACUCGGCGUGUGGGUAGCAGAGUUGGGAUUGGUGGAAGAGGACUAUAAAGGAGGAGAGAGACAACAUGCACCGGGAACAUCUAUCUGAAAGAACACCUGUGCAGCCCCCGAGAGAGCCGGCUGGCGGUGUGCCGCUCCCCCGCGGAAGUGGGGAAUGUGGCAGGGGGAACCGCCCUUCCACGGAGGUGGAAGGGACGGUAGCCAACCCGGGAAGAACCAGCAGCAAACCCAGGGAGGGCCGAGCAGACAAAAGAACAGCGCAGGGUCCUGUGUCGUUCCUCCACGAAGAAGGGGAGCGACAUAUAGGCCUACAUAGUUAUUUCUUAGACUUGACAGCAAAAUCAUAAGAGGCAAAACUGAUAUUUUCAUUAAGAUUAAAAAAAAAAAAACGGGCCUGCACUGUGGCAUAGCGGGUAAAGCCACUACCUGCAUUGCCGGCAUCCCAUAUAGGCACCAGUUCGAGUCCCAGCUGUUCCACUUCCCAUCCAGCUCUCUGCUGUGGCCUGGGAAAGCAGUGGAAGAUGGCCCAGGUCUUUGUGCCCCUGCACCCAUGUGGGAGACUGAAAGGAAGCUCCUGGCUCCUGGCUUUGGAUCAGCUCAGCUCUAGUUGUUGCAACCAUCUGGGGAGUGAACCAGCGGAUUCUCCCUCUCUCUCUCUGCUUCUGCCUCUCUGUAACUCUGCCUUUCAAAUAAAAAAUAAAUAAAUCUUAAAAAAAAAAAAAAA